GUGGUCAUGUUGUUCCCGCGCGUAAAGACGCACUGAGGCGCAACUGGAAGAAAAGGAAAAAAACUACAUUGGACACUUUUUUUUGGACCAUUAAAAGCAACAUAAGAGUGCAAGAUGUUGGCGAGGAAAAGCAUCAUCCCGGAGGAGUUUGGUCUGCCGGGGCUCGCCUCGCGCAUUCCCCGCAAACCGGUGUUCAGGGAUCGCGUGAACAAAGCUCGCUUCAUCGCCAAAAACGGCUCGUGCAACUUGGCGCACAAGAACAUCCGCGAGCAGGGCAGAUUUCUGCAGGACGUCUUCACCACGCUGGUCGACCUUAAAUGGCGUUUCACUCUGGUCAUCUUCACCACGACGUUUGUCAGCAGUUGGCUGCUGUUCGCCAUGAGCUGGUGGCUCGUGGCUUUUGCGCACGGGGACCUGGACCCAAAACGGCAGAACGAGACCUACUGCGUCACCGAUGUCAAGUCGUUCACCUCGGCCUUCCUGUUCUCCAUCGAGGUUCAGGUGACCAUCGGCUUCGGCGGACGCGCGAUAACAGAACAGUGUCCGACUGCCAUCACCGUCCUCAUCCUGCAGAACAUCGUGGGGCUCAUCAUCAACGCUGUCAUGCUGGGUUGCAUCUUCAUGAAGACGGCUCAGUCGAACCGCCGUGCAGAGACGUUGAUCUUCAGCCGUCACGCCGUCAUCGCCGUUAGAAACAACCGUCUGUGCUUCAUGAUCCGAAUCGGAGAUCUGAGGAAGAGUAUGAUCAUCGGAGCCACCGUCAGACUACAGGUGGUGAGAAAGACGACGACACCGGAGGGCGAAGUGAUCCCGAUCCAUCAGAUCGACGUCCAGACUGAGAGCGCGAUAGCCAGUAACAGCCUGUUCCUCCUCGCACCGCUCAUCAUCUGCCACUUCAUCGACAAAAACAGUCCGCUGUACGACCUCUCGGCCAUGGAGCUGCAGUGCAGCGACCUGGAGGUGAUCGUCAUCCUGGAAGGCGUGGUGGAGACGACGGGCAUCACCACGCAGGCCCGGACCUCCUACGUCUCCGAGGAGAUCCAGUGGGGUCACCGCUUCGUUCCCAUAGUAACGGAGGAGGAGGGCGUGUACUCUGUGGACUACUCCAAGUUUGGAAACACAGUCAAGGUAACGACGCCACGCUGCAGCGCCAGAGAACUGGACGAGAAGCCGUCGAUCUUAAUCCAAACGCUGCAGAAAAGCGAGCUGUCGCACCAGAACUCGCUGAGGAAGCGUAACUCCAUGCGACGCAACAACUCCAUCCGUAAAGGCGCCGGAAGCAGCGGGAGCCUGCGCAGGAACAACUCGGGCCUCGCCUCACCCAAAGUCCAGUUCUUCACCCCCGGAGACAGCAGCCAAACCCUGAACGCCGUCACCUGACAUGAGGCCUUCCUCCUGCUGGCUGCCCCGGUCCUCCUGGUGGGACGGAGGAUCGCGGGCGUUGGAGUGUCUCCUGCCCUGAUGGGACUCGUUCACUUUCCGUUCCCCGUCUUCUCUCGACUUAUCUCCCCACACUUUUAUUGCUGAUGUUGCUUCACAUGUGGAGUAACGCGUUUCUCUUCUUAUUCAGAUUGAACUGCUCGAAUCACUGACAUGCUGCAGUCUAGCACUGAUAUCGCCACCGAGAGACCAUAAAUACCACAGUUUGACCUCUUUGUGUCUCCAUGGAUGCAUUAUUUUGGUCCCUUGUGCACAAAAAAAGUCAUCCGCUCCUUCUCCUUCAACACCACGUGCAGGCAAUAGUUUCUAAAAGCAGGGUCAAGAUAAGAAAAAUCUAAUUUAAACUCAUUUAAAAUCACCAAAACGCCUCAG